CCCCGCCCAAGUGCUCAUUCCCCGCCCCCCGGUGCAGCACGUGGCCAGCUGUGACACACAUGGCUGCGGAGAUGGCGGAACUGAUCCUGGAGGACGGGAGCCGCUUCACCGGCACCGUGAUCGGCCGGAACCGGCCCGUGUCCGGGGAAGUGGUCUUCCAGACGGGGAUGGUGGGAUACCCCGAGGCUCUGACGGACCCCUCGUACAAGUCUCAGAUCCUGGUCCUCACAUACCCGCUGGUCGGGAACUACGGGAUUCCUGCGGAUCAGUUUGAUGAGUUUGGUCUCAGCAAGUGGUUUGAAUCUGCUGGGAUCCAGGCGGCGGCGCUCAUCGUGGGGGAAUGCUCUGCCCACCCCAGCCACUGGAGCUGCAGCCUGUCAUUGGACCAAUGGCUGAGAGAGCAAGAGAUCCCCGGCCUGCAAGGCGUGGACACUCGGGCCCUCACCAAGAAGAUCCGCCAGAAGGGGACCAUGCUGGGCAAGCUGAUACCACAAGGCACCAGCGAGGGCCACAUCCCCUAUGAGGACCCCGGCAAGAGGAACCUGGUGCAGGAGGUGUCGGUGAAGCUGCUAAUUGUCCUAUACUUGGUUAUUGGGUUUUCUAGCCGGUGGCGGGAGGAGACCACUUCCUGUCGUGUUUCCCCAGAUAUUGGAAUCUGCUUCUUCAGGAGCUUCCUGGAAACCAGAACGUUCUCGGUGAUGUCAUCGCGUUUCCUGUCUGUACUGAUUGUGCAGAUUAAACUCGGAGAGAUGAAAGCUUCAGAAUGUCACGCGGAGCCCAAAACAGAGUUCAGAUCCAUCAGGUACGGGAACCGCGGCCACAACCAGCCGUGUAUCCAUGAGGGCACCCGGAGAUGCUUCAUCACCUCCCAGAACCAUGGCUAUGCCGUGGACCCCAAAACCUUACCGGAGGGCUGGUCACCGCUCUUCACCAACGCCAAUGACGAGUCCAAUGAGGGCAUCGUUCAUGACUCCAAACCGUUCUUCAGUGUGCAGUUCCACCCCGAGCACCGCGCCGGCCCCAUGGACCUGGUGUGUCUGUUCGAUGUCUUCUUGGACACGGUGCGGGAGAUGAAGGCCGGCAAAGUGGGAGGAGCCACGGUGAAGCAGCGGCUGGACGAUAUCCUCACAUACAAGGACUCUCCUAGCGUGUCGGAGAUGAUGGCCUGCAGACCACGCAAAGUGCUGAUCCUGGGCUCCGGGGGGCUCUCCAUUGGCCAAGCUGGAGAGUUCGACUACUCGGGAUCCCAGGCCAUCAAAGCGCUGAAAGAAGAGAACAUCCAAACGGUGCUGAUCAACUCCAACAUUGCCACGGUGCAGACCUCCAAGGGCCUUGCGGACAAGGUGUACUUUCUGCCGAUCACAGCGGAUUAUGUGACACAGGUGAUCAAGAACGAGAGGCCGGACGGCGUUCUCUUGACGUUCGGCGGCCAGACGGCCCUGAACUGCGGCGUGGAGCUGACGAAACGCGGGGUGCUGGAGAAGUACAAUGUGCGUGUGCUGGGGACCCCGGUGAAGUCCAUCGAGAUGACCGAGGAUCGGAAGAUCUUCGUGGAGAAGAUGGAGGAGAUCGGUGAACACGUGGCCCCAAGUGAGGCCGCCUACUCUCUGGAGCAGGCUCAGGCCGCUGCGGAACGUCUGGGUUACCCGGUCUUGGUACGAUCGGCCUACGCGCUGGGCGGAUUGGGUUCUGGGUUCGCCAACUCGAAGGAGGAGCUGACCACCCUGGUGUGCCAGGCGUUCGCCCACACCACGCAGGUCCUGGUGGACAAGUCUCUGAAGGGAUGGAAGGAGAUUGAGUACGAGGUGGUGAGAGACGCCUACAACAACUGCGUAACGGUGUGUAACAUGGAGAAUGUGGACCCUCUGGGUAUCCACACCGGGGAGUCCAUAGUGGUGGCGCCCAGCCAGACCUUGAACGACCACGAGUACAACAUGCUACGCAACACGGCCAUCAAGGUGAUCCAGCACCUGGGCAUCGUGGGAGAGUGCAACAUCCAGUAUGCGCUGAACCCGCACUCCGAGCAGUAUUACAUCAUCGAGGUGAACGCUCGGCUCUCCCGCAGCUCGGCUCUGGCAAGCAAGGCCACCGGAUAUCCCCUGGCGUAUGUGGCAGCCAAGCUGGCAUUAGGAAUCCCCCUGCCGGUUCUCAGGAACUCGGUCACCAACUCCACCACAGCCAACUUUGAGCCCAGCUUGGACUACUGCGUGGUGAAGGCCCCUCGAUGGGAUCUUAGUAAAUUCCUGCGAGUCAGCACCAAGAUUGGCAGCUCCAUGAAGAGCGUUGGUGAAGUCAUGUCGGUGGGCCGGAACUUCGAGGAGGCGUUCCAGAAGGCGUUGCGCAUGGUGGAUGAGAACUGCGUGGGGUUUGACCACACGAUGAAAUCCGAGUCCGAUGAGGAGCUGGAGACUCCUACGGAUAAGAGGAUAUUUGUGCUGGCUGCGGCGCUGCGUGCCGGCUACACCAUCGAUCGCCUGUAUGAGCUGACCAAGAUCGACCGCUGGUUCCUGCACAAGAUGAAGAACAUCACCGACCACGUGUCCACGCUGGAGUCCUGCCAGGAUAAGUCCACCAUGACCCGGGACGUCCUGCUCCGCGCCAAACAACUCGGCUUCUCCGACAAACAGGUGGCCAUGGCUGUGCAGAGGUGAGAGCUCGCGGUCACAAAGCUGCGUCAGGAAUGGCAGAUCCUGCCGGUAGUGAAGCAGAUUGACACGGUGGCCGCGGAGUGGCCGGCGCAGACCAAUUACCUGUACCUGACCUACAACGGUACUGAGCACGACCUGCAAUUCGAGGAGCCGCACGUCAUGGUGAUCGGCUCCGGCGUCUACCGCAUCGGCAGCAGUGUGGAGUUUGACUGGUGCGCGGUGGGCUGUAUCCAGGAACUUCGUAAGAUGGGCUACAAGACGAUAAUGGUGAAUUAUAACCCGGAGACGGUCAGCACCGACUACGACAUGUGCAACAGGCUCUACUUCGAUGAGAUCUCCUUCGAGGUGGUGAUGGACAUCUAUGAGUUGGAGAACCCCGAGGGGAUUAUCCUGUCCAUGGGGGGCCAGCUACCCAACAACAUAGCCAUGUCCCUGCACCGCCAGCAGUGCCGCGUCCUGGGCACCUCGCCCGAUUCCAUCGACUCCGCCGAAAACCGCUUCAAGUUCUCCCGCCUGCUGGACACCAUCGGGAUCAGCCAACCGCAGUGGAAGGAGCUGUCUGAUAUGAAGUCCGCUCUGCAGUUCUGUAACUCGGUGGGGUUCCCCUGCGUGGUGCGCCCGUCCUACGUUCUGAGCGGGGCGGCGAUGAACGUGGCCCAUUUAGACGAAGAUCUAGAGAAGGUUCUCAGCAAUGCCGUGGCCGUGUCCAAGGAACAUCCCGUGGUCAUCUCCAAGUUCAUCCAGGAAGCCAAGGAGAUAGACGUGGAUGCCGUGGCCUGUGACGGAGUGGUUGUGGCGAUCGCCAUCUGUGAGCACGUCGAGAACGCCGGAGUCCAUUCUGGAGAUGCCACACUGGUCACCCCUCCCCAGGACAUCACCCCGAAAACCCUGGAGAGGAUCAAAGCCAUUGUCCAUGCGGUGGGGCUGGGGCUCCAGGUGACUGGACCCUUCAACCUGCAGCUCAUUGCCAAGGAUGAUCAGCUGAAAGUGAUCGAGUGCAACGUGCGAGUCUCCCGCUCCUUCCCCUUCGUCUCCAAGACUUUGGGGGUGGACAUGGUGGCUCUGGCCACACAGGUGAUCAUGGGAGAGGAGGUGGAGCCAAUCGGACUGAUGACGGGAAUGGGAAUUGUGGGCGUGAAGGUGCCUCAGUUUUCCUUCUCUCGUCUGGCUGGGGCAGAUGUGGUCCUCGGGGUGGAGAUGACCAGCACAGGGGAGGUAGCCUGCUUUGGGGAGAACCGCUAUGAAGCUUACCUGAAGGCCAUGCUGAGUACCGGCUUCAAGAUUCCCCAGAACAACAUCCUGCUGACCAUCGGCAGCUACAAGAAUAAGAGCGAGCUGCUGCCCACCGUGCGGACCCUGGAGAGCCUCGGGUACAGCCUGUACGCCAGCCUUGGCACAGCCGACUUCUACACGGAACACGGAAUCAAGAUCAAGGCCAUGGAUUGGGUCUUUGAAGAUCCGGACAGCGACGGUCCCAUGAAGCAGAGGAGCAUCAUGGACCAUCUGUCCGAGAACCACUUCGAUCUGGUCAUCAACCUGUCCAUGAGGAACGCCGGCGGUCGCAGGCUUUCCUCCUUCGUCACCAGCGGCUACCGCACUCGCCGCCUGGCCGUGGACUACUCCGUUCCCCUAAUCAUCGACAUCAAGUGCACCAAACUGUUUGUGGAGGCUCUGCGUCAAAUCGGAGCCGCCCCUCCCGUAAAGACGCACGUGGACUGUAUGACCUCCCAGAAACUCAUCCGUCUGCCAGGUCUGAUCGACGUUCACGUACAUCUCCGAGAACCCGGCGCCACCCACAAGGAAGACUUCUCCUCUGGCACAGCGGCGGCUCUGGCGGGAGGUGUCACUAUGGUGUGCGCCAUGCCCAACACCAGCCCGGCCAUCACCGAUGCCGCCACCUUUUCCCUGGCACAGAAGCUAGCAGAGGCCGGCGCCCGAUGUGACUUCGCCCUCUUCCUUGGCGCCUGUUCAGAGAAUGCCGGGUCCCUCUCCUCCAUCGCCAGCUCAGCGGCUGGACUGAAGAUGUAUCUCAACGACACGUACUCGCAGCUCAAGAUGGACAACGUCUCUCUGUGGAUGGAGCACUUUGAGAAGUGGCCAGCUCACUUGCCGAUAGUGGCUCACGCGGAGAACCAGACGGUGGCAGCAAUCCUGAUGGUGGCUCAGCUGUAUAAGCGUUCCGUGCACAUCUGCCACGUGGCCAAGAAGGAGGAGAUCCUGAUCAUUAAGGCUGCCAAGCAGAAGGGGAUCACGGUUACCUGCGAAGUGGCGCCCCAUCACCUCUUCCUCUGCCUGGACGACCUUGACCGGAUGGGGGACAAGAAAGGGCAAGUGCGCCCGAUGCUGGGGACCCGAGAUGACAUGCAGGCCUUGUGGGACAACCUGGACAUCAUAGACUGCUUUGCUACUGAUCACGCCCCCCACUCUGUGGAAGAGAAGGAAGGCCCAAACCCUCCCCCCGGGUAUCCUGGCCUGGAGACUAUGCUUCCCCUACUUCUAACUGCUGUAAGCGAGGGACGGCUGGCGAUAGAUGACAUCAUCAAGCGCCUGUACGACAACCCCCGCAAAAUCUUCUCCCUGCCGGUCCAGGACAAUACAUAUGUUGAGGUUGAUUUGGAACAUGAGUGGGUUGUCCCGCAGUCUAUGCAGUUCACCAAAUCCAAGUGGACGCCAUUUGAAGGAAUGAAGUUGAAGGGAGCCGUGCGUCGAGUGGUCCUGCGGGGUGAAGUGGCCUACAUCGAUGGGCAGGUCCUUGUGCCGGCUGGUUACGGUCAGGAUGUCAGGAAGUGGUUGCCUCCGCUGGCUCCUCACACUCUCCCCACUCAGAGUAAAGACAUCAUUAAGACCCCAGAACGCCAUCGUCACGUGACCAUGCAGAGCGAAACCAUUCGUAGCCGGGCCCCCAGCCCUCGGAGGACCGCCCCCGCCGGCGACGCUCGCUUUCAUCUGCCACCGAGAAUCCACCGCUCCUCCGACCCCGGCCUGCCAGCCGAGGAGCCCCUGAAGGAGAGAGCCAAGAAGUCCUCAGACACAGAUCUGUCUUCUAUUCAGGACGGUUAUUUCUACCCGCCUCCCAUGCCCCGGCUCAUGUCGCCCCAGAACAUGGCGAUGCAGAGUAUCCCCCAUGUACAGACCUCGCCCCUCCUUCACCCGCUCAUUGGACAACACAUAUUGUCCGUCCGCCAGUUCACCAAGGACCAGAUGUCUCACCUGUUCAAUGUGGCGCACACGCUGCGAAUGUGUGUGCAGAAGGAGCGCAGUGUCGAUAUACUGAAGGGUAAGGUCAUGGCCUCCAUGUUCUUCGAGGCCAGUACGCGGACCAGCAGUUCCUUUGCGGCGGCCAUGCAGCGCCUGGGAGGUUCGGUGCUCACUUUCUCGGAGACGACAUCCUCCUCCCAGAAAGGCGAGUCUCUGGUGGAUUCUGUGCAGACGAUGAGCUGUUACGCCGAUGUUCUGGUGGUGAGACACCCGGAGCCGGGAGCGGUGGAGCUGGCUGCCAAACACUGCCGCAAGCCGGUCAUCAAUGCCGGGGACGGGGUAGGGGAGCACCCCACACAGGCACUGCUGGAUAUAUUCACCAUACGGGAGGAGCUGGGCACCGUCAAUGGGAUGACUAUCACCAUGGUUGGGGAUCUGAAACACGGCCGCACGGUUCACUCUUUGGCCUGUCUGCUCACCCAGUACCGCAUCAACCUGAGGUAUGUCACCCCACGCAGCUUGAGGAUGCCCUCCAAGAUCAUCCACUUUGUGGCUUCUAAAGGAAUCAAGCAGGAGGAGUUUGACAGCAUUGAGGAGGCUCUCCCAGAGACGGACGUCCUCUACAUGACCCGCAUCCAGAAGGAGCGAUUUGAUAGCAAGGAGGAGUAUGACCGCUGCUUUGGUCAGUUUAUUCUGACCCCGCACAUCAUGACCCGGGCCAAGAAGAAGAUGGUGGUCAUGCACCCAAUGCCACGAGUUAAUGAGAUCAGCUUUGAAGUGGACUCGGACCCCCGCGCUGCUUACUUCCGCCAGGCUGAAAACGGCAUGUUCGUACGCAUGGCGCUGCUGGCCACCGUCCUGGGAAAGUACUGA